UAGCCCACAGCCCUAAAGGAGGCCUCUAGCGUUGUUGCAAGGGACUCGUCAGAGUCGAUCGAUUCAAAUGUUCUAGGUGCGCGAGGAAUCCUUGGCGGCGUAGCGCCCCUGGGAUCGUGUUUUCGUCCUCAUCAGAUCAGGCGACUCUCCUCCUCGAUGACGCGAUUCCAAUGACGACGCCGCGGUAUCGGAGAAGCUGGAGAUGAUCGUCGGCUUCUUGAUCGUGUUCUUGGCUAGUUCCUGCUCGGCAUUCGUGGGUGUGAACUACGGCACCGAUGGCGACAAUUUGCCCACUCCACAGCAAGUGGUGGAUUUCCUGCAGAGGCAGCAAAUCUCCCACGUCCGGAUCUUUGACACCGACGCGGGGCUCCUCCAGGCAUUCGCCGGAUCCAACAUCCAGGUGCUCGUCGGGAUUCCAAACGAGGAGAUCCUCAGCGUGGGAAAAUCCAAUGCCUCGGCGGUGGACUGGGUGAAGAAGAACGUCAUGACUUAUCUCCCAGGUACCAACAUCACAGGGAUUGUUGUGGGCAGCCAAGUUCUCACGGAUUACUCCAGUGCUGCUGCCUCGCUGGUUUCUACCAUGAGGUACAUUCAUGCUGCUCUCGUGGCCGCCAACCUCGACGACCAAGUGAAAGUCUCCACACCGCAUGGAACUGCGGUCAUCCAGAACUGGUUUCCUCCGUCGGCGGCGGUUUUCAAUCAGAGCUACGCGGAGACUGUCAUGAGGCCGAUGCUCGACUUCCUGGCCGACUCGAGUUCCUACUUCAUGCUCAACUUCUAUCCUCUGGCGAUCUACGCGCAGAACCAGCAGACCAUGUCCAUCGACUUCGCCCUCUUCCGUCCCAACUCGGGACAGAUCGACUCCAGCACCAAUCUCCUCUACACGAACCUCUUUGAGACGGUCAUCGAUGGGGUGUACAGUGCUAUGGCGGCUCUCAACUUCACAGGCAUGCCGCUGGUGGUGAGUGAGACGGGGUGGCCAUCGAGAGGUGAUCCUGCGGAGGUGGCGGUCUCGCUCGACAAUGCUGCGACUUAUGCGAGUAACUUUGUGAGGCACAUCCUCAACAACACUGGAACUCCUCGCAGACCCGGUCUCGCCAUGAAUGCCUAUAUGUACGAGCUCUUCAACGAGGACAUGCGGCAAGGCGCGACGUCAGAGAAGAACUACGGGCUGUUUUAUCCGGACCAGACUCCAGUCUACACCGUCGACUUGACUGGGGCGAGCUUAGCGAGUGGCAAUGGUACCAGAGUUCCAUCCUGGUGUAUUGCCAAGGAAGGCAUGAGCACCAGCAGUUUACAAGCGGCACUGGACUACGCCUGUGGACAGGGUCGGGCCGAUUGUAGCCAGCUUCAACCAGGACAGCAAUGCUACUUCCCGGACACGGUUUUGGAUCACGCAAGCUAUGCCUUCAAUAAGUACUACCAGAAGGCGAUGAUGGCACCAGGGAGCUGCGACUUCGCUGGAGUGGCCACAGUUACUUUCACGGAUCCAAGUCAUGGACAGUGUCGAUUUCCUACAAUUGUUCCACAGCAGAAUACAACAUCCCCCAAUGUGACAAGAAGUUUUGGACAAUCAUUUAAGAUUCCGCCGAGCACUGGACUCUUGUUUCUUUCGGUUGCUCUUUUCUGGAGCUAAAACAAUUUUGAUGCAUUACCUUCCUUUCGCUACA